AGCGCUCAUUUCAGCAAUAAUCUAGUGCAUCAUUAAUUUGCCAACUCAUCAAAUCGAUGGGAUUUCAAGAUGAUAUUUUUUAAAAUACUUUUGUUCUUGGUUUUAUUCGCUUUGGUUUUAGAGGAGUGCAAUGCUGGGUCAGUAAUUAAAAAGAGAGUUAAAAUCUCAAAUUCUCAAGGCUCACUGAGAGUGAUUUUCAAGCAAAAAGCUCCAAGACGGGGUCAGAUUAUUAGAUGUUGUGGCCGUAACAAGUGCUCAUUGGAAAAUCUUUCGCCUGGGAAGCAGAAAACUUCCAACAAGACUGCAGGCACUGACGGAUUGCUGGAUAGAGCAUCAGUAUCUCUAACAAAUGAAAACGUGCAAACCAAGGCAAAUAAUAUUGAAACUGGGCCAAGCGAAACUGUAACUUUAGACGGAGCAGCAGAAACCACUACAAAUGCAGCAAGCCCUGAAAGCGAAACGGGCUCCACCAAUAUUCCUGAUGGACCCACCUCUCAAAUUUCUGAUACUCCAGCAAGUGUUGAGCCGUUGACAACGAUUGCUUUUGGAAAUUCUCCAAUUCCUACUCUAAACGAUUUACAAACUGGAUCAACUAUUUCGCAAACAAUUACAAGUGACUUACAAAUCACAGAAUCGCCUUCUGCACUGACCACUCUAUUCCAACAAGUUGCCUUACAAACCUCCACUACAGCAAAGCCUGUAACACCUUCAGCUUCUUCUGGCACUCAAGCUACUUCUGGUGGUGCAACUAAUAAUGUGCCAACAAUCGCUGGUUCAACAAGUAGUAUGCAAGCUACUGGAACUACUGCUGCUGCCGCAACUACCUCUAAAGGUCCAACCAAUGCUGUAACCACAAUCUCUGGUUCUACAACUACAAUACAAACUACUGCAACUCCUUCUUCCUCAACUACCGUAAAAGCUUUGUGUUUAAAAUCCUCGUGUGCCACGUAUGAAGCAGCAAAAUUGGCGUUUCAAAGCGCUUCUAAAGGCGAUUCAACAAAAAAAUACUGGACUUCUGGUUCUAACGAGGGAACUGGUUGCGAGAUUGAUCGAAAGUACAAUUGGUGUUCCAUGAAUGGGUCCAGUUUUACUGGACAAAUUAUGAACACUUCACUCUGGUCCGCUCCUUCUGCUACAGAUGCCACACUUGAAAGAUGCAUUUCAUACGUUUUUGAUAGCCAGAAAAUUGGAAUGGCGCACACAGCGUGCACAGAAAAGCUUUUGUAUAUUUGUGAGCCAACUUGUGCAAUGCCCGAAACUACUUGCACGCCAAAUGCUUCUUUGUUUGAUGUGGAUGGAAAACUGAAAGACCCUAAUCAAUAUGGAUUUUGGUCGGAAGCGUGUGGAGAAAUGAUCCUAUUUGGAAACCGUCCACUGACGUGGGAAAAUAAUACGCAAAUGUGUUGCAAUCUUGGGAUGCAGUCAUUUUACAUCAAUUCCAAAAUUGACCAACUAUGCAUUUCAAAUCUGACAAAAUUCAAAACAUGGAAAUACAAUUUUAAUUAUUGGCUUGGUGGUACGAAGCAGGGUUGUCGGCAGCAGUGGGCUUGGGGUGGUUCAAUUACCGCAGGAAUACCAUCGGACCUAAUUUGGGAAAAGGGGCAGCCAGACAAUAAGGGAGGCAAGGAGGAGUGCCUUCACUUUAAGGUUAAAAACAACACCGAAGGGGCUGUCGUCACUGACAGGAACUGCACAGACAAGUACAUCAUGGCGUGCAGGGGAAAGCCUGCGUUAGGAUCCUUGUGCCAGAAAGCGACCUGCCUUGCAGGGGACUGUAUUAGAAACGAUUCCCUGUUUGCAUUUAAUGAAAAGGGAAUUGAGUACUUGGUUGGUGGGUAUAUAUUGAAUUCAAAAUGA